CUAUGGAGAGGCCUGACAUAGAUCCCGAGGAGCGACUGAUCCUGGAUGUGGCCUCUUAUUUUUUUUCCUUUGUUGGUUUUUUGGAGAUGUUCAUGAAGGUCACAGCAUUUGGUAUGAUAUUUGGAAAUACAAGCUACGUCCGCAGCCCUUGGAACGUGAUGGAUGGUUUGCUGGUGAUUGUAUCUGUAGUCCAAAUCCUAAUCUCAUUGGUGGUUAAUGAACUAAAGCAGAUACUCAGCAUUCUCAACAUCUUUCGCGUGCUUCGAGUUUUCCGCCUACUUAGGAUAGUCAAACUAUUCCCAAGACUGGCUCUGAACACUCUGGUGACAUCCAUGAAACCAAUUUUGAACAUUCUUCUCAUUUGCUUUGUCUUCUUCUUCUUUUACGGCAUUGUUGGCGUACAGUUGUUUAAAGGGAAGUUCUUCUACUGUGUGGGUGAGGACUUAAACAACAUUGUCAACAAAUCUGACUGUUUGUCAGCCAACUACCACUGGGAGCGGAAGGAGUACAACUUCGACAGCCUGCUACAGGCUAUGCUUACCCUCUUUGUGAUGUACACCAAGGAUGGCUGGGUUAACAUCAUGUAUGAUGGACUGGAUGCUGUAGGAGUUGACCAGCAGCCCAUUAAGAACUACAACAAAUGGAUUCUGCUUUAUUUCCUCUCCUUCAUGAUGAUGAGCUUCGUCUUGUUGGACAUGUUCAUCGGUGUAAUGGUCCAGACCUUUCACCAAUGUCAGCUGAUCCAGACACAAGAGGAUGAAGAGUUGAGAAACGAAGAACAUCUGAGUAGAAGCCAGGGGACUGAAGGAAGGCCAAACAGCUGAGCGCGAGCAAACGCCAUCUUUUGAAGGUUCCUGGAUGUGGCACCUUUUAUAU